UAAAACUAUACACUUGACUCAUUGGAWCACGUUAUUCCAGCUUUUCGUUUGUAAACUUUUGUAAGAGGAAAGGCAAAGGUUGAAGGUGAUGAAAAAUUUCAACAGAACCAAAAGUUGUAAAUUGAAUCGGGUAUUUCCGUGYAUGUGAACAGCAAGCAGCUGAUUGUGGUUAAUUGGCUCAAGUAUUUUACAUGUGACUUGCUUAGCAGAGAUGAAGAAAAACAACAGAUCCUAAAGUAGAUGAAUAUAGUGUUUAAUACACAAAGACGCGAGACUUAUAAAAACGUGCUCCCUUGCAUAAACCACCCGUAGUUGUCAGUAUACACAUCGGCCCGGGUGCACAUUAAAAGAAUACUUAAGUACAGAAGUAUCACCRAGGCGAGAGAAAUUCAAAGAACUUGGCUUCUCUUCAAGCACUUCAAAAGACUCCGUCCAACCAUUCWUGGUCAAAAACGUCGUGUGCGUUGAAAAUAUCAUUCGAUUGGUUUCCYCUACACGGYAAUUUGUUUGUUGAGAUUUUACAUCACUUAUUUGAAUACUGGGCGACUUAUCUUGAAGACACAUCUAAUUUGUGCUGUAUUAAUUGAUUUGUUCCAUGAUUAGAGAGAAAAUCAUCGAUGUUUAUUGACAAUUGAGGAUUUUGGUGGCAGAACGUUGUAUGAAUCUCUUGUGCAAAGCCAUACAAACAACAUURCUCUAUUUAUAAACAACAUCAUUUAGUUCAUUGUCAACAUUUUUGRUGGAAACAGCGUUGGAUAUCAACUGGUGCAGAGAAAACUGAAAAAACGUWGAAAKUUUUGCAUAUCUAUAAUUGCAAUUAUUGAAGCCAAGMCGUGGUUCUCUGCUGAUGAUUUUGGUCGUAAUAACUUUUUACAUCAUCUGAAAAGUUAUAAAAUAUUGGUAAUUUGUAUAUCAUGGGGAUUCCUUAAUUGAAACGAAACCUAAAUUAAUUUGUGUCAAAGAUUUUAGCUGAAGUUGGUGACAAAAACGUUAUAUUCUGAACUGGAAAAUACAGGAUAGAAAAAUURAAGAUUUUGGUGGCAGUCAACUUGAGUUAAGGAGAUUCGUUAAUUUGUAUACAUUGCUUCUAUAUCGUUAAUUGAAAGAAACGUUAUUAGUUGGAUCAUUGUUAAAGACACAGGAACAUUUUUAGCUAUCAARCUUUUGAAGCAGAAAGCAAAACAACGCGUGUGGGACUCUCAAAUUUGUUAAAAUGAGACAGUGCUUAAAGUAAACAUAUUACGGGAGGCAUAAAAGUGCUUAGCGAUUUCAAGAWUAUCAAGAAUACGUGAAACGUUGUACAGCAACAAUCGGGUGGAAUUUUCUCUGAUAAUUCUUCAAAAAGAAAGCCAAAACAUUUAUAGGAAAAGMACAAUUAAGYUCAGCUUAUAAUUYAUAAAAUGAAUUCUCUUCAAGUAAACGUUCCUUUGGGAAUWAUCUCCGUCAUGGUUCUCGUUGCUAAUGGCUUCGUCUUGUAUCUCGUCUUCACGAGUCGAAAUAUGCGGACUCCAACUAACAGUUUCGUUGUAUCGCUAGCCGUUUCUGACAUGUUCACAGGACUUGUAAUAUUCUUUCAGUAUCUCAUUGGAUUUAGGAUYARYGUAGUCAUCAAUGUAGUUUAYGCUGUGGUGCUGAUAUGCGGUGCUGCGAAUCUGACAGCAGUUACUGCGGACCGCUACAUCGCCGUAACGAUGCCGUUUUCCUAUCACGGGCUGAUGACAAAAUACAGCAAAGUCAUUAUAUCAAUGACAUGGUUUUUAUCGAUUAUUAUAGCUCUACUACCGCUAUGUUGGUUGGGAAACAUAUCRGCCUCUUAUCACAAAAUCUACAUUCUCUUAGUCGUGUUCCUUUGCAUUGUGCUGCCAUUCCUGUUCAUUCUUUUCGCGAAUAUCAAAAUMUUCAUGAUUGUACGUAAGUGCAUCCAUAAGGAACAAGAAACGUUCAUGCGUGUUGCGAAAAAUGAUAAUAAAGACAGCGAUAGAAAAGCAAGGUCAAACUCCAUGCGACAUAUYUUCAUCGAGGCCAAAAUUGCKAAAGUUUUUGUCGUAGCGGCRAUCACCUUCGUGGUCACGUGGUUUCCAGUGUUGUACUACACGCUGGCUGCUGGUUUAGGCUACUACRCAGCUAUACCAGAAAUCCUUAUCAAGAUAUCUCCAUUUGCAAUCAUYCUUGGCUCGCUCGCCAACCCUAUUAUUUACUCCUUUAUGAAACCAGAUUUCAAAAGCGCAAUAAAAACGCUGAUUUAUCAACGUACACCUUUCCGUAAGGACUUUACGGUGAUGUACACGCCGCGGUAUAAGAAAAGCUCACAGUCUGCAGCUCCAACUGGUAUUACAACGACUACAGCGACCUCUAUYAUAACGAACYCUAAUUCUMCUAAYGUUAAACCACAGAGCACAGCAUUGUAGUAAAACGUUAGCUUUAUUUCAAGUAGAAUAUARUUUUUGGGAGAGCUACAGUCGUUGAGAAGARAAGUGUCAUUAGUAAAAAGUGUUGCGUUCACUUACGUCGAGAGACCGUCUUAUAUUACGUAAAAGAGUAUUUUGUCCAUUUUUAUUUURARAUASUUUAUUUGUUAUUUUUAUAUAUCUYUAAGUACGGGUCCUGAGAAAUAGGCGUUUAUCAUUCUUGAUAUCAUUCUAGUAGYUUAUUUAUUGGCAUGGAUGACGUUUUACGUAUCAUUUAACUUGGUAACGUAACGWUUACGUAAUUACUUUUGUCCAAUAUCUUACGUGAUAUUAGUAAUUAUUAGCGUGGCUAUUAUGUAAGGUGGUUGUUACGUAAUGUUAACUUUGCUGUAUAUUUUUAAUAGUGUUUAAAGUAACGUGAUUACGUCCGGUAACAAUGUCCAUUAACCAUAAAAUUUCCGCAAAAACAAUCCCUCCUACGUUUGACUUCAGUUAUCCCUUAAAUAACUUGUUUGCWUUUCUUACGUAAACAAAGCUAUUCAACAGUAUUUCAUUCGUGUAAAAGCCUUGCGGUCUUGUUACGUAUUUUGAGUAAUUUAAAUACAACAAGGCGUAGGAUUCCGAUAUAUUUCUAUUCAAUUGUUCUGUCAUACUGUGAAAAGAAAGAAAAAMCACUACGAUCCUUUUUUCAAACGGAAACACUGUAGAAAACAUGAAACGUAAUUUUAGUGGUGCUACGAAAUAAAAAGAGACACGUGAGUUUCCUUAGGGCUUAAUUAGCUUAAUGGUUUAUAAACCUCGWGAUUUAUCAAAAAUAUCUUCUUACGUUUAAUGUAGCCACAUUACUUAGUGUUACAGGAAAGAAAGCCAUAGAUAAUCCAUUUUAAGUUUCAAAACRCAGAAAYUCAACAGCGGACAGCCRAGUGUUACGUAAUAGACGUAAUGCCGCGCGCAGGUGUAURUAAAAUGGACGUUAUGUAACAUUCUGAUACAUCUCCAAAAUCAAAUAUGUAUAAAAUCGUCAAUUAGACUAAGUGCACAMACUAAGUAUACAUGUAAAAUAUGAUAGGUGUUGUAAAAUAUCGCUGAAAAUAUUCCAACGGUUGUUGCAAAUCAUAACCCAGUUUAUGUAAAUAUUAGAGAGAUUAAUUUAUUGCUAGUUUACUGCUAGUUUCAACCAUCAAUGUAAAUAUCGCCAUAUKACUAUAUAAAUAUAGCCAAAUAUAUUCUUAUUAGUAUUCGAUUGAAAAA